CGCCAUUUUUUUCAGCUAUUCCGUUGAUUUCAAAUUUCAUUUUUGUGGUUCCUCUUCUCUUCUCCCUUCUUUCUCUGCUGCAUCAGUAUAACAGAAGAGGCCGCGCCAUUAAAUUAUGUUGCAACUUCAGACUUAACAAAGCACGGCAUCAAGCGGUCGAGGUCCUCAGGAAUGAACCCCAAUUUGCGAAACGCCAGGGUAGAUCAGUUUUUCCCUUCCAAAAAGAAGAAAUGCUUGUCUCCAUCUGGUAAGCUACUCAAGAUCAAUAAGGAUGUGAGUUCUCCCAACACAAAAUGUAGUUUGGAUGGCUAUUUAGUGAAUUCACAUGAUGGACUUAUUUCGCCUGAUCAUGUUCGUUCAAGUAGUCAUGACUCAAAUAAAGGAGAUACAGCUAAGCAAAAUUUGACUUUUGAAGCUAAGCAGCAUUCCCCCUUGCUGGAGAAAACUUCACAAGAAAGUUCUCUAAGAUUCAAGCCAUGCUCAAGUUCUCUGUUGUUCUCUUUAUCUAGUAAGGCGAGUCAUGAAAAUGAAGAAGGAAAGACAAUAGAACAUGGAAAGGAGGUGUAUUCUGAUCCAGCCUUAUUGGAAGAAAAUGGGAAACCAUCUGACAUGAAUCAUGGUUCUAUUGGAUUGUUGCAUUCUGAGGCUGGAGUUUCAUCCGCUGGAUUUUCCAAUAAAGAUCAAAUAUCUUCCCAUAAUGGGCAUGGUGAAGAACUUAGCCAGUUUGCAAAUAGCUUUCUGGCAAUGUGCUCCAGGCUGAGUUUUUAUCCUGGCAGUGGACUUGUGUUAAAAGAAGCCUCUUCAAAUGAGGAACCUUUGGCAUCUCAAAAGAUAAAUAGGAACAAGAGACCAGCAAGUGUCUCUGAACUGUCUCCAUAUAAGGACAUUUUGAGGAAAAAACAAUGUAGUGUAGAAGAUGGUAAUAACUUGCCAGAAAUACUAUUGGAUGAGCCUUAUAGUCACAAUGGAAAGUUGACUGACCAUGCAAGCAAUACUGGGAAUGAAUUAUUUGCUUCUUGUACAUCUCAAUUACAAGACUUGCCAGUAGGACAGUCUACAGAUGUAACUAAAAAAUUCAAGGGUCAGGAAAAUGAUAGCAAUGAGCAAAUAGUGCAACACACGAGCAAGGUUUUCAAAAAUGCAAUGGAUGCUAGUGCCAAAAGUUCAGAGUCUAAUGCAAUGCAAAAUUCUCAGGAUAUUUCUGAAAUUGAUGGACCAGUGGAAUUUCGUGGUUUUUUCAUAAGCGAAACUCCCAAGAUCUUAAGAAAAUGUAGUGGAACUCCUGAAAAUGGAAUAGAACAGAUAGUGCUAUUUACUCCUAAUGCUGUUGUUGUUAAAGGGUCUUCAAAUACAACUCCAACGCCUGAGAAUGGAAGACAAUGCAUAUCUCCAUUUACUCCCAAUGCUGCUGUGAAUGAAGGGUCUGCGAAUAAAGCUCUUGGAUGGGUGUAUCGUAGCUCUCUUUCCCCAGGAGACGAAUUCUGGAAUGAUGCGAUUCAGGUUGCAGAUGGUCUAGUUGCUGCCAAAACAGAUAAUAAUGCUAGGGGUGAUUGUGAUGCUUCUGCACACACAAAUAGUGAAGAUGUGCAAGAGAAUUCAUUUUCAGAUAAAAUAGAAAGAUGCACAGUCAAUACCCAAAAUUUGGAGUCUCAUAAUGCUGCAAACAGGGUUUCAUCUGGCAAUAAACUUCAGCAAUCAGUUGUAUCUGGACGGGAGUUUCACUGUGCAGCAUCAGAAGCUCCUGAUUUGAGUGUGUCAUCCUCUAAAGUACCCAUGCCAGAGGAAUGCACCGAAAACAAUGAAAAGAUACAUGUUGGAAGGGUGGGUCUAUCUAAAACAACUGGUAUAGGAAACUCUGCUUUGCCAGUCAGACAUUUUAACGUUCUAUUUGAGGAUAAUAUCACUAUGAACAACACUCAAGACUAUUCUUCGAAGGCUGAAGAUUGUAGAGUCACUGAGGUUGUUAAUGCAGAUACCUCAGACGAACAUUUAAAGGAUGAUGCUGUUCAAAAUUCAGAGAAUCAAGGAUAUGAAAAGAAAAUUACAGUCAUAAACAGGAAUGCUGCAGUAUGUAAUGAUAGUCCAGUAGUAGAAGAAUUGGAACUGGCUGAAACAAAAGGCAAGGAUCCUUCUGAGCUUUCUCUUAGGGAGGAGAAUAUUAAAACACCUUCAAGUAAUAUUUCUUUUACAGACAAUCUAGAGCUCCGUUCAUGGCUUCCAGACAAAAUAUGUGAAAUUUAUGCAAAAAAGGGUAUCACCAAGCUUUACCCAUGGCAGGUUGAAUGCUUGCAAUUGGAUGGUGUGCUUGAAAGAAGAAAUCUUGUUUACUGUGCAUCAACAAGCGCUGGAAAGAGUCUUGUUGCUGAGGUAUUGUUGCUGAGAAGAGUUAUAUCUACUGGAAAAAGAGCCUUACUAGUUUUGCCAUAUGUAUCUCUUUGUGCUGAGAAGACUGAACAUAUGGAAACUCUUUUGGAGCCAUUUGACAAGCGUGUUCGCAGUUUUUAUGGAAAUCAAGGCAGUGGAACAUUACCCAAGGAUACAUGUCUUGCUGUAUGCACAAUAGAGAAGGCAAAUUCACUUGUCAAUAGAUUAUUGGAGGAGGGUCGUCUGGCCGAAGUUGGAAUUAUGGUGAUCGAUGAACUUCAUAUGGUGGGGGAUCAAAGUAGGGGAUAUCUGUUGGAGCUUAUGUUGACAAAGUUGCGGUAUGCAACAGGGGAAGGUGAUUGGGGAAACUCUAAUGUUGAGAGUCCUGGAAAUAGCAGUGGAAAAACUGAUCCUAAUCUUGGAAUUCAAAUUGUUGGUAUGAGUGCUACAAUGCCAAAUGUACAAGCUGUUUCUAACUGGCUUCAGGCUGCCUUAUAUGAGACUGAGUUUCGGCCAGUUCCUCUGGAUGAAUUCAUAAAGGUUGGAAAUACAGUUUAUAACAAGAAAAUGGAAGUUGUACGGGCAAUUCCCAAGGGUUCUGAUCUUGGGGGGAAAGAUCCAGAUCACGUUGUUGAGUUAUGCAAUGAGGUUGUUCAAUCUGGCCAUUCUGUGCUUGUGUUUUGUUCUAGUCGCAAAGCAUGUGAAACAACUGCCAGACAUAUUGCAAAGUUCAUUAAAGAAUUUUCUUGUAGUAAAAUGGGGACAAAUUGUCAAUUUAAGGAUGGAUCAGCUGCUGUUGAAGAGUUACGGAAGUGUCCUGCAGGGCUGGAUGCUACACUUGCCGAAACUGUCCCAUCUGGAGUGGCUUAUCAUCAUGCAGGCCUUACGGUUGAAGAACGAGAGAUAAUCGAGACAUGUUACAAACAAGGAAUUGUGAGGGUGUUGACAGCUACAUCUACUUUAGCUGCUGGUGUCAAUUUACCAGCGAGAAGGGUGGUUUUCCGGCAGCCUAGAAUUGGACGAGAUUUCAUAGAUGGGACAAAAUAUAGGCAAAUGGCUGGUCGGGCAGGACGGGCAGGAAUAGAUACAAAGGGCGAAAGUAUACUGAUCUGCAAGCCUGAAGAAGUUAAACGGAUUACAAAUAUGCUGAAUGAAGGCUGUCCUCCACUACAGUCUUGCCUUUCCGAUGACAAGAAUGGAAUGAAACGAGCCAUUUUAGAGGUUGUGGCUGGCGGGAUUGUCCAAACAGCAAAUGAUAUAAACUGCUAUGUUAGGUGUACAUUACUGAACUCAACACAGCCAUUUGAAGAUGUGGUAAAGUCAGCACAGGAGUCACUUCGUUGGCUAUGUCAUGCAAAGUUUCUGGAAUGGGAUCAACAAUCUCAAGUGUAUUCUACAACACCAUUGGGGCGUGCAGCAUUUGGAAGUUCAUUGAGUCCAGAGGAGUCAUUGACUGUCCUCGAAGAUCUUGCUAGAGCAAGAGAAGGGUUUGUGCUUGCCUCAGAUCUCCAUUUGUUGUAUGAGAUAACUCCUAUCAAUGUUGAUAUACAGCCAGAUUGGGAACUGUACUAUCAGAGAUUUAUGGAAUUAUGUCCUUUGGAUCAGGCAGUUGGCAAUAGGGUUGGGAUUAUGGAGCCAUUUUUAAUGCGCAUGGCACAUGGGGCUCCUAUUUUGCAACAUGACAAAUCAUCUAGAAAUGGAAAAAGCCCUCGUGAUAAGAGUUCUCGAUUACUUGCAAAUAGGAAAAACAGCUCUAGUACACCCUCAAUAGAGCAGACACUGCGUGUAUGUCGACGGUUUUAUGUAGCACUUAUGUUGGCACAAUUGGUGCAGGAAGUACCACUCAAUGUUGUUUGUGAAGAUUUCAAAGUUCCAAGAGGCAUGAUCCAGGUGUUGCAAGAAAGUGCUGGCAGAUUUGCAUCUAUGAUCACUGCUUUUUGUGAGAGGCUUGGUUGGCAUGAUCUUGAAGGUUUGGUUUCAAAAUUUCAGAAUCGUGUCUCUUUUGGUGUAAGAGCAGAGAUUGUAGAGCUUACUUCAAUUCCAUUUGUGAAGGCUGCCCGUGCUAGAGCCCUUUUCAAGGCUGGCUUGCGUACUGCUCAAGCUGUUGCAGAAGCUUCCCUCUUGGAACUUGUAAAGGCUCUUUUUGAAGCUUCAUCAUGGGCAGCUCAAGAUGGUUCAAGAAAUGACAUGCAACGUAGAAUUCAAAUUGGAGUUGCAAAGAAAAUAAAGAAUGGUGCAAGGCAGAUUGUCCUGGAUCAAGCAGAAGAAGCUAGAGUGGCUGCUUUUACUGCAUUUAAAGCUCUUGGAUUGAAUGUUCCUCUCUCUCUUUCUCAACCUAUUCCUGCCAGUUCUUCUGGAGUUUCCUUGAAUCAGGAUAAUAGUGAGACCCUGCCUGAAAAAUUGUAUGAUGAGAAUAAUCAAUUGUUUAGAGAUCCUAUAUCGGAGCUAUGGACUACAGACAAUCAAAUUGCUGCCAAAUAUGCUGAUAAAGAUGGAAUGACUCUGCCUAUUGAAGAGAGGACAAAAGAUAGGGACACUACAUCUUUAAUUAGAGGUGAUUUAUCUCUUCAAAAUACUGUAGACAAAAAAAAUAUGUAUCCAAACAACGUCAAUGAUGGAAAAUAUGGCCAGCCAUUUGUAGGUGAAGGUGUUUCUGACACUGAAAUUUUGCAGAAAAGGAGUGAAGAUAACAUGGCCUUAGGUAACGAAAUUAAUAUAGUUUCAAGAAAUAAUGACAAAAAUGAAGUAAAUGUUGUCAGUGAAGGUGCUUUGAUGUUUUCUGGCUUUAGUUUUGAGCAUGAAACUAAUCAGGACAGGCAUAAGUUAAAUGAAACUGUGAAUCCUACUCUAUAUAAUGGACCGAUAGAUGUAAAUAAUAUCAGUGGUGGGUUUGAGGCUUUUUUGAACAAGUGGGAACUUGUUAAUGAAUUUUGUUUUGAUCUGCAUUUUAGUAAUGGCAGUGUGAAAGAUUCAUCGCUAAUGUUUGAAAUACAUGGCUUGGCUAUUUGUUGGGAUGGUUCUCCUGUGUACUAUGUAAGUUUUUCUAAGCGUUCGAUGGACACAGAAAGAAAUGAUGCUCAUGCAAAAGGAAAAUAUGACAUAGCUAAAGAAAGAUGGGAGAAGGUAGCAAAAGUCAUGUGUAAGAAGGGUGUAAAGAAAAUUACAUGGAGCUUAAAGAAUCAAUUUCAGGCCUUUACCAGGCCUGGAAUCUCCAUGCCUAAUAUAAAUCAGAGUAAAGAUGAAUCAUGCAAGAAGAAUGAACUAUUGACAGCAAUGCACUUGGUGGCACUGCCUUCAGUUGAUGUGGAAGAUGCUAUUGAUCUUUGUCUUGUGGCAUGGCUCCUUUGGCCAGAUGAGGAGAGUACAGACUACCCAACACUGGAACAGGAAGUGAAGAAACGGUUGUCAGGAGAGGUGGCUGCUUCAGCGAAUAGGGCUGGUAGGUGGAUAAAUCAGAUGGGAAGAGUGGCUCAUAAUGGCUGCUGCAGACAUGUUGCUCAGGUUCGAGCAUUAUAUUCUAACCUCUGGAAGUUGAUUCUAUCAGAGGGCCUUGAUCAAGUACUUAGAACCCUUGAAAUGCCUCUGGUUAAAGUUCUUGCAGAUAUGGAAAAUUGGGGCAUAGGCAUAGACAUGGAAGUGUGCUGGAAAGCAAAACGUGUUCUGGAGCUUAAACUAAGGGAACUUGAAGACAAAGCUCAGAUGCUUGCUGGUGUAACCUUUUCUCUCUCAACGCCUGCAGAUGUUGCAAAUGUACUAUAUAGUCAUUUAAAGUUGUCCAUUCCAGGAGGGUGCAACAAAGGAAAACAGCAUCCUAGUACAGAUAAACACGUGCUGGAACUCCUUCGAAACCAUCACCCUGUUGUUGGGGUCAUAAAGGAACACAGAACACUUGCAAAACUUCUAUCUUGUACAGUCAACACAGUAUUGUCUCGUGCAAGAAUUUAUGAAGGCUCUAAAUGGUACUCUGUUCGUGGACAUUGGCUUCAGACAUCUACUGCCACUGGCAGACUUUCCAUGGAAGAGCCCAAUCUCCAGCGUGUGGAGCAUGAAAUUGAUUUCAGAAUUGAGUCUAAUGAGAUUGGCGUAGCUGCCAGUAAAAUUGAUCAGCACCAAAUUAAUGCACGUGACUUUUUUGUACCUACCCAAGAAAAUUGGUUAUUAAUCUCAGCAGACUAUUCUCAGAUUGAACUGCGCCUUAUGGCACAUUUUUCUGGGGAUUCUUCAUUAAUUAAUCUUCUGAAGAAGCCAGAUGGUGAUGUCUUCAUUAUGAUGGCGGCAAGAUGGACUGGAAAAGAUGAAUGUGCAAUAACUGAGAAGCAGAGAGAUCAAACCAAAAAGUUAAUUUAUGGAAUUCUGUAUGGAAUGGGUGUUAAUACAUUAGCUGAACAGUUGGAAUGCAGUGUAGCAGAAGCUAGUGAAAGAUAUGAACGGUUCAGGACAGUGUUUCCUGGGGUCUCUUCCUGGCUUCAGCAUGCUGUUGAUGACUGCCGCCAUAAAGGGUACAUAACAACACUCAGUGGGAGGAAACGUUUCCUGGGUAAAAUAAAAUUUGGAAACCGAGUGGAGCAAGCCAGAGCUGAGAGGCAGGCUGUUAACUCUAUCUGUCAGGGCUCUGCAGCAGAUAUUAUAAAAAUGGCUAUGGUUAAAGUGCAUUCUACCAUUGCUAUCCGACCUUCUGAAGGUGACUUGGAUACUUCUCAGACAAGUCCAAGUGCAGUUUCUAGUCUUAAAGGCAACUGUCGACUACUACUUCAGAUCCAUGAUGAGUUGCUGUUAGAGGUAAAAUCUGAUAUGUUAAGUGAAGCUGCUCUUUUAGUCCGUUCCAGUAUGGAAGGCGCUGCCUCACUGAAGGUUCCGCUGCGUGUGAAGUUGCAGGUUGGUAGGACGUGGGGUUCUCUAACUCCUUACAAGGAAAUUGAAUGAUUCAUCAUUGAUACAUUGCAGCUAUCAAAUUUAAAUUGUUUCGGAGCCUCAAAGAAUGUAGUUUCCAUUUCCCUUUGUUCUUUACAAGCAAUAAAGGUUCAGCUUAUGCAUUCAAUUAACUAAUUCACAUGAGUUCAUGCUCCUCCAUACUUUUUUCUUGAAAUCUGUCAUCCAAUGCCAUAAAAAAUGUCUAUCUUGUAUUAUUUAAUUCAAACUAUAGCUUACAAAUAUUGAUUACUUCUGAGAUGAACAGAGGGGCUUGACAAGAUAUCUGGCUAUUUGUAAUUGCUUUCCAGUUAUAAUGGGGGGGACAUUGUGUAAACCAAGAAUAGUGACAGAAAUGCCUACAGCCAAAUUCAGCCAAUUACAAGGCAGUGAUCACUUCACCUGCAAUUUAUCUGCAUCUAUAUUACACAAAUCUUGCAUAUCUCUGUUUCGGAGGCAACUGGAAAUCAAGAUUCCUGAUGCAGAAGAUUUCCAAUUGAAAAAUUGACAUAAUUAAUAUGGAAACAGAUUUCUUCAGCUAGGAAGACAUUUUUCCAGACAUUUGAAAUUGAGAUAUAUUGAACAUGAUAACAUUGUACAAUAUUCUGUACCAUAAUGCAGAGUUAAAUCUUUGAUUUUCAGUUAACCUGAAAUAUGGUUGCAACUCUUUUGUAUCACAAAUAGAAAGUUAUACAAUUCAAUGCCCUCAAAGAGAAUGAAAUAACAUAGUUAAAAUAACAUACAAAAUGACAUUUUCAUCCUCUUCUUGAUGAUGGAUCACGGAGUAUGAUCCAAAAUGUUGAUGCAAAUAAGCUACUGGCAGUUUUCUUCUAGAAGCUUACAAUGUAUGUGCAAGUUUUUAUGUGUAUUAUUAAAAGUGUACAAUCUAUCACUUUA